ACAGGUACUGUGCCUGGCGUAGCUGUCAGUCUCGUUUCUCAAAUAGGGACUGAACUGUAGCAUGAGAGUCACUUCACCCUCAGUGGCUCCUUAUUGCCCCCAGGAUAGAGCCAGGCUCCAGAUGACACCCAAGACUCCCUCUGCCUUGGCUCCAGCUAUCUCCUGCGGCUCCCCCCACCAACCCUGGCCAGGCUCCCUUCCCCACAGCCACUACCCCAUCCUCUACUGGGAACAGAACCAUGCCACCUCUGGUGACCUCAUCAUGCUGCAUCACUGUCCCUAUCCACGUCCCACCUUGUGGGCCCAGGAGUGCCCUGGGGUCCAGGGUUGCAGACUGCCCAGCCUCUGAGGCCCUGGUGCCGCAGAGUUGAGCCAAGGGUCUUGCACUCCCCUCUGACUGACCCAGCCCUAGCAGGUGAGUGGAUCGCUGUUGCUCUGAUGGCCGGAGGGAGGCCGCACACCUUUUGUGUGUUCUGGAAAGGGCAGCUUUGCACCGCGUGCUUGCUUACUUGAUAAACUGAGUUAGGGGAAUGCUGCGGUGAUGUUUAGUGUGUUUUUUUAUUUUUUUAAAUCCCUUUUGAACCAUAAGAUAAUAUUGUUUUUGUGCUUCUGAAGUAGGAAUUACAGUGGACAGUUAGUAAGGCAUUUAACUUUAGACUUAAAUUGUAAUUUAGGUUAUGAAGAAAAAAAGUAAAGUUUGUUUUGAAGCCUGGAAGGCUCCCUUAGGCAGUAUUAUUUAAGUUAUUUACUACACUGUUAAUAGCACUUGACUUUUCGUACCAGGGAAGUGGAAGGUUUCUGUCAUUUUGUGACGAUGUUUUUAAAUCUCUUUGCAGGUGGAAGAAGAAAGGUGCCACUUUGGCCUGAAGACAGACUCGCUUAGUCGUCAGUCAUUUAAGCUGAGUGCAUUGUGAUUUCCAAUAAUUGAGGCAGUGGUUCUAAAAGCUGUCUACAUUAAUGAAAAGAGCAAUGUGGCCAGCUUGACUAAGCCGCCAGCGUGUGCAGCGCGUGCAGGACGGCACCCGGGUCUCGACGGACUUGUGCAUGUUAGCUGUAUAGAUUUAUGUGAGGUCUUUUAAAACUCUGGUCUUUUAAAAUAGUCUUAACCACUUUUACUAUGGAGACAUAUGAGAGUCCCUCUCCUCUCCCGCGUGAGCCCGCAGGAGAAGUGGUGAUGGAGAACCGAGCUUGCCCCCUCCAAGCGCUGCCCCGUGAACAGUCUCCACCACCUCCCCUGCAAACGUCCAGUGAUGCAGAGGUAAUGGACGUUGGCUCUGGUGGUGAUGGACAGGCCGAACCCCCUGCUGAGGACCCGCUCAACUUCUACGGAGCUUCUCUUCUCUCCAAAGGAUCCUUCUCUAAGGCCCGCCUCCUCAUAGACCCGAACUGUAGUGGCCACAGCCCACGCACCGCCCGGCACGCACCUGCGGUCCGGAAGUUCUCCCCUGACCUUAAGUUGCUUAAGGAUGUAAAAAUUAGCGUGAGCUUUACCGAGAGCUGCAGGAGUAAGGACAGGAAGGUGCUGUACACGGGAGUGGAGCGCGAUGCUCGUGCCGAGUGCGGUCGGGCCCUUAGCCCUGUCAGUGGAGACGUGCAUGCUUGUCCCUUUGGCGGGAGUGUUGGUAACGGGGUCAGCGUAGGGGGUGAGAGUGCUGAUAAGAAGGAUGAGGAGAAUGAGCUGGAGCAGGAAAAGAGAGUGGAGUAUGCAGUGCUCGAUGAGUUAGAAGAUUUUACUGACAAUUUGGAGCUAGAUGAAGAAGGAGCAGGCGGGUUCACGGCUAAAGCCAUCGUGCAGAGAGACAGAGUGGAUGAAGAGGCCUUGAAUUUCUCCUACGAGGAUGAUUUUGACAACGAUGUUGAUGCUCUGCUGGAAGAGGGCCUUUGUGCUCCCAAAAAGAGGCGAAUGGAGGAGAAAUAUGGAGGAGACAGCGACCAUCCAUCUGACGGAGAGACAAGCGUGCAGCCAAUGAUGACCAAGAUUAAAACAGUACUCAAAAGUCGUGGCCGCCCACCUACGGAACCGUUGCCUGAUGGGUGGAUCAUGACAUUCCAUAACUCCGGAGUCCCCGUGUACCUACACAGAGAGUCUCGGGUGGUCACCUGGUCCAGGCCGUACUUCUUGGGAACGGGAAGCAUACGGAAACAUGACCCUCCUCUGAGUAGCAUCCCCUGUCUGCAUUACAAGAAAAUGAAGGACAAUGAGGAAAGAGAGCAAAACAGUGAGCUCGCCCCCAGUGGGGAGGUGUCCCCUGUCAAGCCCCUGAGCCGGUCUGCGGAGCUGGAGUUCCCCCUGGAAGAGCCCAACUCCAUGGGGGCCGACUUGGGGCCCCCAGAUGAGAAGGAUCCACUAGGGGCUGAGGCUGCUCCUGGGGCGCUGGGGCAGGUGAAGGCCAAAGUCGAGGUGUGCAAAGACGAAUCGGUUGAUCUUGAGGAAUUUCGGAACUACCUGGAGAAACGUUUUGACUUUGAACAAGUUACUGUGAAGAAAUUCAGGACUUGGGCUGAGCGGCGACAGUUCAACCGAGAAAUGAAACGGAAACAGGCUGAGUCCGAGAGGCCCAUCCUGCCAGCCAAUCAAAAGCUCAUCACUCUGUCUGUGCAAGAUGCACCCACAAAGAAAGAGUUUGUCAUUAACCCCAACGGGAAAUCGGAGGUCUGCAUCCUGCACGAGUAUAUGCAGCGUGUCCUCAAGGUCCGCCCUGUUUAUAAUUUCUUUGAAUGUGAGAACCCAAGUGAGCCUUUUGGUGCCUCGGUGACCAUUGAUGGUGUGACCUAUGGAUCUGGAACUGCAAGCAGCAAAAAACUUGCGAAGAAUAAAGCUGCCCGAGCUACGCUGGAAAUCCUCAUCCCUGACUUUGUUAAACAGACCUCUGAGGAGAAGCCCAAAGACAGUGAAGAGCUCGAGUAUUUUAACCACAUCAGUAUCGAGGACUCGCGGGUCUACGAGCUGACCAGCAAGGCCGGACUGUUGUCUCCCUAUCAGAUCCUCCACGAGUGCCUUAAAAGAAACCAUGGAAUGGGUGACACAUCCAUCAAGUUUGAAGUGGUUCCUGGUAAAAACCAGAAGAGUGAAUAUGUCAUGGCGUGCGGCAAGCACACAGUGCGCGGCUGGUGUAAGAAUAAGAGAGUCGGAAAACAGUUAGCAUCUCAGAAAAUCCUUCAGCUGCUGCACCCACAUGUCAAGAACUGGGGGUCUUUACUGCGCAUGUAUGGCCGUGAAAGCAGCAAGAUGGUCAAACAGGAGACCUCAGACAAGAGCGUGAUUGAGCUGCAGCAAUAUGCCAAGAAGAACAAGCCAAACCUGCACAUCCUGAGCAAGCUGCAGGAGGAGAUGAAGAGGCUGGCGGAGGAGAGGGAGGAGACACGGAAGAAGCCCAAGAUGUCUAUUGUGGCGUCUGCCCAGCCUGGUGGCGAGCCCCUGUGUACUGUGGAUGUGUGAGGGAGGCGGCGGGGCCUGGUGCAGGGGGCCGCCAGCUCCGCUGCUGAAGAGACCACACGCCACUCACUCUGCAGCCUCAGGCCUCCCUCCAAUCUGAGUUCCUCCCCUGUGGCCAGGCGUCUUGAGCACCGGAGCCAGAGGGGUGGGGCUCUGGUGCACGGGGACGGCCAGGACCACAGCUCUUCUUUGGGGGCCGCCCACAGGUCUAAGUGGACAGGUUCAAAGAUCAACUCAGCCUGCCCUCACAGGUGGAAGCCAAGAGCUUGGAGAUAGCUGUGGACCUCUGCUUGUACAGAUUUGCUGCAGACGGGUUUUAUGAAGGUUUUCAUGAAUUUUAGUACAUAAUACGCACUGACAAGAAAUGAGAGUUGGAUGACAGAUGGAAUAAGAAAGUGACCCCUGAGUCCUGUGCCCAGGGCUCCUGUGGGCCACUGCCUGAGGGGCCUGGUCAGAAGG